UGAUCAUCCAUCAGUCUUUUGAUGUUAAAUCAAAACAAAACCUUAUUCUCAUACAUUCAAUAGUAGUCAUAUAAGUGUAAAUGUAGUUUUCUAGUAUGGAAAACCACACAUGUUUUAGUAAUAUUUCCAUAAUUCUCCCGUGAUCUACUCUGAAGUCGAGUCAAACGGAACUAUCACAGACGCUGCAUAUUCGCCUUCUUCACCAGUGAAAGGAUCAGCCGCCACAACAGUUCAGAUUGAGCCAGAAUGGGACACGCCAGCUCAAAAUCGGACCUUUCUUCUCCCGACGGCUCGAGGUCGUCUCACUUGUCCCGCGCGGGAAAAUUUGGUCAAAGGCUUCACCUUCAUCGCCACCAUUUCCGUCGUCGGUGUAAAAGUUCUGGUCCCGAUUCUGCCUCUCACCUGUCUAAGCUCCUCAAGGAUGAUGAUUUCGCCGGCAUCGCUUGCCUCCGUCUCGUUAAAGCGGAGAUGAAAUUCAAGGACAAAUGGCUUGCUUGUAUCUCGCUUGGUCUACAAACUUUCCGCACUCAUAUAUCUGACAACACUGACAAGCCUACAUGGAACUCGGAGAGGAAACUUCUUUUAGAAAGAAAUGGGGCAUAUGUUGUCAGAAUCUCUGUGUUUGAGACGAACAAGUUAUCCAAGAACAAUUUGGUUGGUUAUUGUGAGGUUGAUCUACUUGAAUACCUUUCCCAGGACUCUGAUUCUGAUGUUGAGGUCUUUGACUUAUUAGAUCCAUCAACACCAUCUUUAGUUGUUGGCUGUAUAUCUAUUUCAUGUUCUAUUGAGGAUCCAGUUGAAACAGAAAAAAGUUUUACGAAGCGCAUCUUGUCUAUAGUGGACUAUAAUGAAGAUGGAGAGCUUUCAUUGAAUGAAUUCUCUGAUUUAAUUGAUGCAUUUGGCAAUAAAUUAGCUGCUGAAAAGAAAGAAGAGCUAUUUAGAAAGGUUGACAAAAAUGGGGAUGGUGUUGUCAGUUUGGAUGAGUUGGCUAUGCUUUUAACUGCACAUCAAGAAAAGGAGCCACUCAUCAACUGCUGCCCAGUUUGUGGCGAGGUUCUUGAAAUCUCUGAUUUGUUGAACAGCAUGAUUCAUUUGACACUGUGCUUUGAUGAAGGAACUGGGAACCAAACUAUGAUGGGGGGGUUCCUCACUGACAAACAGGCUUCCAGUGGAUGGAUGUUCAAACUGAGUGAGUGGGCACAUUUCUCAACAUAUGAGGUUGGUUUGAGGUCUGGUUCCAGUGCUUCACAUAUAUUGGUAUAUGAUCGAAAAAUGAAGAGGCUGGUGGAGGAAAUUAUAGAUGGGAAGAUUGUACUGUCAAUGAGAGCCAUUUAUCAAUCUAAGUUUGGGCUUGGUCUUAUGGAUAAUGGGGCAAAAGAAAUCCUGCUGAACCUCUCUGAAAAGCAAGGGAAAAAAAUGGAUGCUCUUGAUUCUGCUAAAGAUAUACCAAAAUUUCUUGAAUUGUUUAAGGAUCAAAUCAAAAUUGAUGAGGUCAAGUACCCACUGGAGCAUUUUAAGACAUUCAAUGAGUUUUUCAUAAGAGAACUGAAGUCUGGUGCACGCCCAAUUACCUGCCCGGAGCGCAGUGACAUCGCUGUAUGUGCAGCUGAUAGCCGCCUUAUGGCGUUCAACAAUGUUAAUGAUGCUGCAAGAUUCUGGAUUAAGGGCCGAAAAUUUUCCAUCCAAGGGCUUUUGGGUAAUGAAGCCUGCUCCAGUGCAUUUGUUGAUGGAAGUUUGGUGAUAUUUAGGUUGGCACCACAGGAUUACCAUCGUUUUCAUUUUCCCGUCUCUGGAACUAUUGAGAAAUUUGUAGAUAUUCCUGGAUGCUUGUAUACAGUGAAUCCUAUUGCUGUCAAUAGCAAGUACUGCAACGUUUUCACAGAGAAUAAGAGAGUUGUAUCAAUAAUUUCAUCAGAGGACUUCGGAAAGGUUGCCUUUGUUUCAAUUGGAGCAACAAUGGUUGGCAGCAUCACUUUUUCAAAGAAGGAGCAUGACUAUGUUCACAAGGGAGAUGAGUUUGGAUAUUUCUCUUUUGGUGGAAGCACUGUAAUUUGCGUCUUUGAAAAGGGUUCCAUAAGGAUAGAUGAGGACCUCCUGGAAAACAGCGCACGAUCACUUGAGACAUUAGUUUUGGUUGGAAUGCAGUUAGGGGUAUCCAUGAAGAAACAUGCUGAUGUCAAGUCUAAACUUGAAAACCUUUCUUUAGGUCUGCAAGCUAAGAACCGAUCAAGAAUUUGCAUGCAAUGCUGAGUUCUCGAGAACAAAUGCUCAUUCUUCAUUUCUGAAACGGGAGUGGUCCUCACAACAAUGGCUCCUGGGCCUACUUCCUCAUCGUCUUCUUCGUACGUGAGCGCACCGUGUUUCCCUCGGCGGGUCUGCAUUCGGAAUUCUAGCUGUUCGUCGAGGUACAAUGAGUACGUCCUCACAAACGCCGAAAAGUCCCAUGAGUUAGAGCGGGAGUCACGGAAAUCAGACAUGUUCAGGAGGCGGGUCCCGCGCCGGGUGGCGAAGAAGAACUCCUGCUCGUAGGAUUGGUCACCGUCAAUGAGCAAGCGGUGGAUGACCAUAAGUGACUUGAGCGCGACAACCCAAUUCUUUGUCUUGCUGAGGCGGCGGGAGAUGGUGCUCACACAUGCACCCACAUACGCACGUGAGUAGCACGUGAGACAAAGAAUCUCCCGGAUGUGCUUCUCUUCCGGCGGGUAUUCCUCGUGCCGGGUUGCCUUGACAAUGGCGAUCUCGAGCUCCGAGAGGGAAGCGCUGCCGCCUACUUUGGCCAGGCUUAUGCUUGUCUGGUCUUUCACAGCCCCUAUCGCCUUCCUCAAUUUACUCGGAGCCAUGAUAUUAUUUUACGUAAUUAUUAUGAAUUUAGCUAUUUAUUCGUUCGAAACAGAACUAAUAAUAGGAUCAAUGAAAUAAUUUCAAUGCAUGCAUGGGAAGCUAACAAUGACAUGCAUGCAGAAUGUAGGAAAGUUGUUUAUUGAGGGAGAAGAAGAGAAGAAAAUGAUGUAUCCUCAGCUCUUCUCCUCUUGAAAU